AUUUAAUCUAGCGUUGAGUGCAGAAAAAAAAUCGCCAUCGGAUUGCCGUCGAAGGAAAACUGUCAAGCUGUAUUGUUUACUUCUUAUUCUAAUAUUAAAACUGUUCAAGGCUUGCAAUUAAUUUAUAAAAGUCGAGUUUAAAUUAAGUUUACAAAACAGCAAUCCACAUAAAAAAAUGACAACUGCGAUCGACCCAGAACUGCGCAUUAAAAAUCGAUUUUGCUUGCCGGAUGGAGGAGGAAUUCACCAAAUCGUACAACGAAAAAGUAGCCAAGAAGCGGCAUCAGAUGACCCGGCUCUACAUGGACAACGGUUUGCUGGUGUGGAACGGAAAUGAUGCCAACGGGAAGAACAAUAUCCAGAAGUACUUCCAGGAACUGCCCCGCUUCGAACACAUUAUGAACACCCUGGUCGCUCAACCGAUCAUUGGCGACGUUGUGCCCUCGCAGCUGACGUUCAUCAUCAAGGUUUCGGGAACGGUCAUCUUCCAGGACAAUUCUACCAAACAUUUCCAGAAGACAUUCACGGUUACAGCCCAGGGCGACAAGUGGAAGAUUGCGAGUGAUUGCAGCGCUGCUUCCGGUUGCUAGAUACUAUCUUUUAACGGAAUCAAUCAAUACAUGGAUGCAUUGGAAGACGAUAUUCCGUGAGUUUCAGAAAGAAUGAAAGAAUAUCCUUGAGGUGAUAUUUAACUGCAAUUGAAUCAUCGCAGGGCUGGUAGCGGGUCUAGUUUUCUAUUUUAAUUCGAAUCUUUAAA